CCCGAACAGGAUGAGGGCAUUUGCCCAGUUCAUGCACAAGGAGCUGGGACUGGCGGGCGAUGGGGAGGACCUGGCAGACAUCUGCGCGGGGACGGACCGGUACGCCAUGUACCGGGCUGGGCCGGUGCUCUCCAUCAGCCCAUUGCCGCCAGCGCAGCCUUUCAGCCACGGUAAAGCUUCUUCUGUCUGAAUGAUAAUUCUUGGCACCCUACAUGUUCAGUUUAAAAAGCAUCAUAUUAAAAAUGAACAUGCACGUAUUUUGCUCAGCUCAGCAGUCUGGCAAUUUGAGAAAGGAAGACCACUUCCACCAUGCAUGAACUGUGAAAUAUCGCUGGAAGUAUUACAUUGACAUGAGCUCUAAAGUAAAAACCUUGCUUUAUUAUUAAUUAUUCUUUAAGAGCGGCAGCAUGUUUGGCACUGCACAAAGGAAAAAGCAAAUACAGGCUCCGCAGGUGAGUGCUCAUACCCCAAGGCUUGGUCCUGCCGCCGUUUCCUCAGGCACAAGAUCCGUCUUAAAUCUGACUCAGAGGAGACAGCGUCACUCACACCACAGAGCUCACGUUUGGUCCCGCGGACAAAACUAAACCAAACCUGACCGAUGGAAAAGCCUGAGGAAAUCAAUCUGACGGGAUCCAAGGGGGAAAAAACCACAAUUUCUGCUCCUCCCCGGUCUGGCAGCAGCGGGGACACAGCUAGAAGAAAAGCCGCCGCUGAGCUCCGGGCCAUGCACCAGUUUCGCGCCAACGCAGGAGCCAUCGACCCACAGGCUGGUCCCUGCGAGGGGAUGCAGGGCAGAGCACGCAGCGAGCCUCCCCCAAAACGCCUGAUGCGGAGCAGCUGCCAACAUCGCAUUUUUGCAAGUUGCUUAGAAACACAAAUGAACUCAAACAUACCAGAGGCAGGAACACAGUUUCCUGCUUUGAAUAUUUACAAUGAGAAUAAAUUUUUUAGGCAUUGGCAAAUAAGUCAGGCUGAUGUUCCAGAAUAACACGCAAAAUGUUUUCAUAUUUAAAACAUGAUACAAGCCUAAUAGACCAUCAGUCUCACGGCCAAAUGAAAAGAGACAAAGUAACAGGAAAACUGACUGCAUAUGUUAAAUUAACUGUGCUUCUUUACAUAUGCUUCCUUCAGGUUUUUGAACACGACAGCAGAAACAAAAAAAACGUGAGGCAUUUUUCAUGGGGAAAAAAGGAACCCCACACCAUCAAAUGCCUUUUGUUUUCAAAGGUGAAGCCCAGGAAAGGACGGCAGUUGAGCGAUGGAGCAGAAAACUGAGACGGUGACGUGAGGGAGCGCUGGGAGGAAGCAGAGGCAGCCUCGACAGCCCGAGAUUGGCGAAAGACCUGCCGGCCCAGAGGAGCGGCAGCGGAGACGGGGCAGCGGCACCAGGUGCCGUGGCAGGGGACGGGGAGGGGCCGGUGCCAGCGGAGGGGAGAGCCUGCAGGCAGCCAGGCAGGGCUGGGACAGAGGGACAGCAGGGUGUGCCACGCGAGCCAGCGAGCAGGACAGGUGGCCUGCAAGAUGCAAGGCUUCAUGCGGCAAAUGCCUGACCGCGAAACCGGUCCUUACUGAGGGGCACGAACCCAUCCGUCGUCCUUCGCGCCCAGCGACGCGGGCGGAGGUGCUCCGGUGUGGGGCGAGGAUGGGCUGGGGGUGCCCAGAGAAGCAGAGACUUGGGUUGUCCUCACUGACACUCACCACUCCAAGAGUACGAGCAGGACUCGACAAAGGAUGGAAGUCAGCACGUGGCCUGAGGAUGGGCAACACCAGGGGAAGGUCUUGGAGCAUUCGGCUGUCAGGAUGCAUUUGUGGAGAGACCUUUCUCGAAGGAGACACACCAUCUGCACACCCGAUGUACUGGUCCACAGGGAUGAACACCAGCUCUAUUGACAAGAGCCUUAAAAGCACCAAGCGGAGAAGAUGAUUAGAGGCUCUUCCCGGACAGGCUACAAAGACCCUGAGAUGUCUCUGCCCCCUCAAAAAUCACUGUUGGCCUCAUCAGUGGAAAGAGGCCACAGCGUAACCCUGAGCCCGUUGCAGUCGUGUACCUGCCACCUGCCGCAGCAUCAAUGACGUUUUUCUGUUCUCUCCUCCCAACAGCACGGGAUGGGAAUCCCUUCCAUUUCCAUCAUGCUUCACGAACUGAUCAAACUGCUGCACCAUGCAAAAUGCCGAGACGUUACUAUUAUACGCAUCGGUACUUCUGGAGGCUUAGGGAUUGAGGCCGGGUCUGUUGUGAUCACGGACAUGGCGGUGGACUCCUCCUUCAAGCCACGGUUCGAGCAGGUGGUGCUGGAUGACGUGGUGGUGCGGAGCACUGAGCUGGACACGGACCUCACGGAGGAACUACUUGCCUGCAGCAAGGAGAUCCCCGACUUUCCCACCCUCAUUGGCCACACCAUGUGCACCUAUGACUUCUACGAAGGUCAGGGGAGAUUAGACGGAGCGUUGUGCUCUUUUUCCAGUGAAAAAAAGUUAGAGUAUUUAAAAAGAGCUUAUGACGCCGGCGUAAGGAACAUUGAAAUGGAGUCCACGGCGUUCGCUGCCCUGUGCGGGCUGUGCGGCCUGAAAGCUGCCGUCGUCUGCGUGACGCUCCUGGACCGGCUGGAGGGGGACCAGAUCCGUGUGCCCCGCGAGGUGCUGGGGGAGUACCAGCAGCGGCCCCAGCGCCUGGUCGCCGCCUUCAUCCGGAAGCGCCUGGGGAUGAAGCGAAAGGCGCUUCUCUCCACCCACUGAUGGGCGACGCAGCACGAGCAAUGGGGUGCCGGGUCCCAGCCGGCGCAGAGCGGGUCUGCAGGACCUGCCGUGCCGGCACACCGCCUGCUCAUGCCGGCACACCGCGGCCCCCGCUUCUGGGAAAUGGGAAAGGCAGAGUGGGCCAUGACGCACUCCCGGGGCCCAGUGCCCUCCACAGGUAGCCGGAUCCAGCGAACGCAGCUGUGCAGGAGCUGUGGACCCCCAAUACGGGUUGAACUGCGCCAACACACCUGCACACCCACAGAGAGCUCCAGCCAAAAUUUGCACAUGGAUCAGGACUGUGUCACCGAACAGCACGCUCCUCGCUCUCGUCUCCACUGGUCGCAAAGGACUGAACCGUUAGGGUGGCUCCUGUCCACAGCGAUCCUCUAGGAAGGAGAUCCCUUUGCAUUUGGCAUAAAGCCAAAACCUAAGUAAAUGACAUGCAACAUUA